AUUUUCUCAGCUUUUCGGCUUUUCCUAUCUCAGUUAGUUUAUUUUACCGGGUGACGUUGGCUUUCAUGGAUGAAAUGUACGGAUUCUACACCAUGGGAGAUCAGCACGUUGACAACGCUUUAAUGUCACCGGAAAACAUGAUAAUUCCUUCCGAUUACCAAGCCCAGCUUUAUGUAUCAGAUGGGGCUCCGGCUUUUAGAUCCGACGAGCUAAUCUCUCUCGCUUCCGCUAUCUCCGAAGCCGCUUCCAUCAACCCAGAAAUUCAACGAGAAGUGGACAUUUCAAACGUGAUCAAAGCAAAAAUCGCUUCUCAUCCUUUUUUUCCUCGUUUGCUUGAGGCUUAUAUUGAUUGCCAGAAGGUCGGAGCACCUGCGGAGAUGGCGAGGAUAUUAGACGAAGUUCUGACGGUGACCGAUGUUAACAAGCGGGAUUUUGUGCCAACCUGCUUGGGAGCCGAUCCUGAGCUCGACGAGUUCAUGGAAACUUACUGCGAUGUGUUAGUGAAAUACAAAUCUGAUCUUUCAAGGCCUUUUGAUGAAGCGACUGCUUUUCUAAACAAGAUUGAGAUGCAGCUUCGAAAUCUCUGCACGGAUGCUUCCAUUACAGGCCCUUCUGGUCAGUCCCUCCUCUCUCUUCCACAAUCAUUAUCAGAUGGGAGCGGAGAAGUUCUGAAAGAAGAUCUGGUGAGUAGAUUCGGGAAUCAUAUAAGCAGCCUGAAGAUGGAGUUGGCGAGGAAGAAGAAGAAGAAAGGAAAACUGGGAAAGGAAGCAAGGCAAAUAUUGGAAGAGUGGUGGAAUGUUCACAACAAAUGGCCAUAUCCAACGGAAGGUGAUAAGAUAGCAUUGGCUGAAACAACGGGACUGCACCCCAAGCAAAUCAACAAUUGGUUCAUAAAUCAAAGAAAGCGACACUGGAAGCCUUCGGAAUCCUUCAUAUUCCACUCGUUUUAG